AUGGGAAUGGUUAACACAAUGCUCAUAUUAUUAUUGUUCAUUUCAUCGAUCCAUUUAGGAACAACAACAACCACUACAAAUCUAUUCAGAGAAUACAUAGGGGCUGAUUCCAACAACGUUAAAUUCUCAGAUGUUCCAAUCAACCCAAGUGUCCAGUUCCAUUUCAUUCUCUCCUUCGGUAUCGACUACGACACCUCAUCUUCUCCAUCUCCCACCAAUGGAAACUUUAACAUCUUUUGGGACAUGGAUAACCUUAGCCCCUCCCAAGUUUCUUCCAUCAAAAACCAAAACUCAAAUGUCAAGGUAGCUCUCAGUCUUGGAGGAGACAGUGUUAAUGGUGGAUAUGCUUAUUUCGAUCCAUCUUCGGUUGAUUCAUGGCUCUCUAAUGCAGUUUCUUCACUCACUAAAAUAAUCAAAGACUACAACUUGGACGGAAUUGAUAUCGACUAUGAGCAUUUCAAAGCAGACCCUGAUACGUUUGCACAGUGCAUUGGAAGGUUAAUCCAAACUCUUAAAACAAAUGGAGUCAUAAGUUUUGCUUCUAUUGCUCCUUUUGAUGAUGAUCAAGUUCAGAGUCAUUACUUGGCCUUAUGGAAGAGUUAUGGACAUGUUAUAGAUUAUGUUAAUUUCCAAUUUUAUGCAUAUGAUAAAGGUACAACUGUGUCCCAAUUUAUUGAUUACUUCAAUAAGCAGAGUUCAAAUUAUAAUGGUGGGAAAGUGUUGGUGAGUUUCAUUAGUGAUGGGAGUGGUGGAUUGUCUCCAAGUGAUGGAUUUUUUAAGGCAUGUCAAAGGCUAAAGAGUCAGCACAAACUUCAUGGUAUCUUUGUCUGGUCUGCUGAUGACUCAAUGGGAAAUGGUUUUCGCUUUGAGAAGCAAUCGCAGGCGCUCUUGGCUAUUCACUAG